AUGGACCAGCACACAAGCACCCUUCCCCUGAAAAACGCGAUACCCGCGGAAGUGUAUCCUGAUCUGGUUGCCAGCUUGACAGCAUACCUGCUAUAUGUGACCGGCCAGGUUCCUGUCCUGAUCGAUCCAGCUCUGGAGGCGGCGGGGCAGAUACCUUCAACCGAUAGGGCUGUCGGGCGGCAAAUGCGUCAGUUUCACGCUUCCUUGCGCUCCUGCAGAGGCCGCCUCGCAGAGACAGUGGAGAGGCUCCUCCCCACGUUGCGGACCUCCCGCCUCUACGUGACGGUCGCGCUCAUUUUUGGCUCAUCGAUAGCCUCCCCUAGGCGGGUCUUCCUACUCCAAGCUCCAAUUUAUUCAUACGCAAGCCCCCUCAUGACCGGCAACAAACCAGUCGGGGCCGGUGACUACAUGCGGAUGCUCAGCCGAGAGGUUGUACGACUGGAGCUAUCCAUGGACUUGCAGCCAUAUCGCUGCUACCCCCUACUAUGCGAAGACGCAACAUCCGCAGCUGCUUCACCCCCCUCUGUAGAAAAGCUGGAACUGGCUGCGCUGGCGUCCAAUCUUAACAAAUAUGAACGCAGGGCGCUUGGUUCCAGCAAGAAAACGGUGAGCUCCCACACAAUCCGCCUUCUAAUGAACGAGGAUACUGACCACGGACAGAUUUUAGGGGUCAACGAGACGUCACUGGCGAAGUUUCGCUUACUGGGCUCCAUUAGGGGAUUCGCUACGUUUGCCAAUGAAUCAGACAAUGAAGGUGGUGAAGUGGUGUGA